CCGGUGCUACUUCCACUCAUCAAUUCCAGCCAUCCCGAGGUGCUCGUGUUCAAUGUCAACGACAUCAGGACGUUGCGGGAGCACGGAGUGUUGGGAGUGCUCAUCGGCACUUUGGCCCAGUAUCCCCAGCAGAACUUCUAUCUAUCAGUACCAUUGAGACUCCAGAUUUGGGAGGUGCUCUGGUUGCUCGAUCGGGGGUUGGCCCGUUUGGUCGACUACGUCAAGUACAGACAGUUUCUGAAAGAUACACUUUCCCAAGAUGCACUUUCCCAAGAUGCACUUUCCCCACAGAAUACACCUUCCCACGAUACACUCUCGUCUACCAAUUCCCUUUCCCCCUUCGAGGUGUCCUCCCACGACUACCUCAACCGCCUCCCAGUCACCCCCGCCUUCGUGUCAAAUUACCUCUCCUUCAAGUUCCUCAAAGAAAUGGGCUACUUCAUCAGUCCAGGCUUGAAGUUUGGAGGCGAUUUGGUGAUCUACCCUGGCGACCCGUUAAAGUUCCAUUCGUACUCCAUCGUCAAGUUCGGCCACAUCAACGUCAAUGAUUUGGUGGUAGGAGGAAGAUUGGCCACGGGAGUCAAGAAAAACUAUGUGAUAAUGGACGAUAUGGAACAGCCAGAAGCUACGGAGAGUGAAAUAUUUAGUGAACCCAAGAAGCUCGCUUUCUCGGUGGAAUGGGCUGGUUUUGGCUAA